AUGGAUGGUAUUCAAGCUAAACUUAAGUAUUAUAAUGCUUUAGCUGAUAAGGAACUUUCUAAAUAUGAACAACUUGACAAAUUGGAAAAAUAUACCAAUGUUCCAAAGACCUAUAUGGCCGCCGGUGCUGUUGGCGUCGUGUUCUUAUUGAUCUUUUUCAACUUCUGGGGACAAUUAUUGUCUAACCUCAUUGGCUGGGUUUAUCCCGCUUACAUUUCAUUCAAGGCAAUCGAAACUACAGACAAAGCUGACGAUACUCAAUGGUUAACAUACUGGCUUUUCCUUCCACCAUUCAAGGGUGCACAAGUCAUUUAUUCCAAAUUCUUGAGACAAGUUCUUUUAACUUAUCAAAAUGAUGUGGAUAAAAAUCUUAAUAAAUUGCAUAAUAAAGUUAAUGAUGCCGCUAGGGACCUCAUGAAAGAAGCUAUUGAUGCAGGAACUAAAGUUGAAUAG